ACUCUACCAAUAAGUGUUCGUACGACGGGUAGGGUCUAUUAUACCCUAACUUCCAUUCAGUUUCCUUGAAUGUAACACUAUUUUUGACUAUUCUGUUUAACAAGUGAUAUUUAAUGCGUGUUAGUAGAACUAACUGGUAAGAACAUUGUACUCAAAUCAAAAGGAUUUUCGCAGUACUCAUCAUCACAUUAAUUCUUCCCUUUUGGUACAAAAAUGGAAACUGGGAUUAUCUCAGUUAUCAACACUAAUUAUUGCAAACCUCAUCCUAUUACUAUAAAGAUCGAAACUGACAAGGGGGUCGCAUACAUCAACAACGAAGUCAUCUUUCGUAUUAAGGAAUCUUUCUCACUUAAGGGCCGUCGUGUCAUAUACGAUGUUUCUGGAAACCAUGUUUCGACUCUAUCAAAAAAGAUAAUAUCGAUGCAUGAUCGAUGGGAGGUUUUCAAAGGCCGUAGCAUAGAUUCCAGUGAUUUGUUGUUUACAGUGAAGCGAUCAACGUUUUUUAUCCCAGAAAAGAAGAAUAUUGACUUCAAUGUGUAUCUGGCUAAAAAUAUCAAAGGUGUGUGGGACUUUAAGGUUUGCGCUGGUGCUGAGAAAAAGUCUUGUGAUAUUAGUGCUCAUGGAUCUUCUUCCCUUCUUGCCAAGACUUUUCCUACAUCUUCAUUGACUCCCCUUCCUCCCAUGGAAAAAAACCGCCGCUGCAGCUCCAACCAGCGUACCGCCAGCUGUCGCGAGCUCACAUGGGGUAACCAGCGAUCUGCGCCGCAUUUGGUCCCCUCUGGCGCACUUGGCACUGCCUUACCCAGAGCUGCAGCCGCCGCCGCCACUGCGUCCAACCCGCAACCACCCCUCCAUGGCGCACUUCGGUCGCCACUACUUCCGGCCAUCCCUGCGCCUGAAACAACCCCAUCACUUAGGUACUGCUUCUUCUCUGGUGCGAUCCCAUUCUCGCGCUCGCAAGGGAACACUGCCGCCAUGAGUGGUGGUGGCGUCACCACGAUUGGGCAGACGCGACGGCGAUCUCUUCCACUCCGUCCCGACUCUCUGGAACCAGUCGCAAGGCCGCAUCGUGAGAGACCGUUGACAAAUCGCGCCCUGCAUUCCUCGCAUCUCCGUUGUAGAGGUACCGUGAUGGUUGUUUAGAUUGGUAACUUCGUCGUCAUCCACCGUCGCUGCUCCGUCAACCCCGGCCUUCGUGAGUGUCCGCUCUCCCUUUGCAACGGCGCCGAGGCCUCGGAGUAAAAAUGUAGCCUCGCCGGUGCUGGCUGUUGGUGCCAGGCCAACCGCUGCAUCUGGAAACGCGUAAGGUGGCUUUGGUUGUGGUCGAUUCACCCCCUCCACCUCUGUGUGAUCUAGAAUUAGAGGUAUUUGAAUUGAAUUUGAAAUUCUGCUUGAUUUGAAAUUACUGUUGAUUCUUGUUCUUGUUCUGGUUGGAAUUCAAAUUUGAAAUCUGAUUGUUCUUCAUUGGCCAAAUCGGUUGCUUCUUCUUCUUUUUCUGCAUCGAUGAUAUUUGAAUUAGGCAAGAAUUUUGUUGUUGCUGAAAUUGUGUUAUUGCUUUGUAAUUACAAAUUGACAAUGAGAACUGCUGAAUUGUUGCUUGAUUUAGAUUUUCUGUUGAUUUUGCUUGUUGUGGUUGAAAUUUUGAUUAAUCUACAAUAUUUGUUGAUUCUAUUGGUUAAAAAUUAAAAUUGAAAUCU